AAGAAAAUCCAUUAGUCUUUCCUUCCUCUAUGUAAUUCUGUUUAUAACAUGUCUCCAUUAUUCCAAACACUCUCUCUAUGACGGUGUCUACCUCCUGCAACGUAGGUCUCCAUCUUUCUGUUUCAUAUUGAGUCUUCAGAGGUGCGGCCACUUGGUGUCGGAUCAGCUCAGACAGGUCACUCAAUGGCCCCCGCUAGCUAACAUUGAAAGAUAUUCCCGGAUAGCACUUAAAUCUUAGUCGCAUAAACCUUUCUUGAAAAGAUCCGCUAAAAACCAGACACUUUGGAAUUUCGUUGGCGAUCAUAAUCAUGGGGGAGAUUAACCAUUCUAAAAUGUAUGAGGAACCAGGGUGCUUCAAUCCCAAUAAAUCCAUGGCAGAGAGGGCAGAUUCUGGAGCUGUCCAGAAGCAGUUUGAAGAGAAUAUGAAGCUCUCUGCUGACGAACUCUCUUAUUAUCACCACAAUCACCAAGAAGAUGCAGUUGUUUCCGCAAUGGAACUAGAGUUUCAAAAGCAUCUGGCCUUCAAUGUGAAAAACUGCGAUGACGACCCAAAUCAGCUUCUUUCAAAUGAUCACUUUAACUGGAACGCUGGUGAUAUAGGUAUUAAUCAAGAUGACCCACAACAAAAUGGCCAUAGGAGCUUUGAUAUCAAUUCAUUACCCCAAACAGCAGACCUUCUCAAUCUCUUUCACUUGCCCAGAUCCUCUUUGCUUCCAAAUUCUUCCAUCUCCUUCUCAAACUCAAACCAUGACACUACUCCUUUGGGCUUUAUAGGAGACCUCCCAGCCUCAGAUAGCACAUCCGUUUGGUAUGAUCCGUUAUUUCAUCUCAACCUGCCCCCACAACCUCCUUUACCUCCUUUGUUAUCUUUAUCCCAAGGUGGUGCUAAUUCUUUGUUUGGGGAUGAGAGAGAUUCAAGCGGAGUAACUGCGUACCAAGAUGGGGAUGGAGGGAUGCUGGAGUUCACAAGGGACACUGCUUGUAUUGUUAGAGGGAGUGAAACUGGCAAGAUGACAAAGCCCUUUACCACGGAGCGGCAAAAGAGAGAACACUUCGGUACCAAGUUCACAGUCUUGAGGAAUCUGAUUCCUAAACCUACCAAGCCCGAUAGAGCCUCGAUUUUGGGAGAUGCUAUUGAGUACAUCAAACAGCUUCUUAGUACAGUUAACGAGCUCAAAUUAUUGCUAGAGAGAAAAAGAUGUGGUAUAGAGAGAAGCAAGAGGCACAAGACAGAAGACGAUGCUGGAGGGGAUGUUGACAGUUGUAACAUAAGGCCUCUUGAUGAUCCCGAGCAGUCCUAUAAUGGUUCUGUAAGGAGUUCCUGGCUUCAGAGAAAAUCCAAGGAUACUGAGGUUGAUGUUCGUGUCAUUGAUGAUGAAGUAACCAUCAAACUCAUUCAGAGAAAGAAGAUUGACUGCUUGUUGCUUGUUUCCGAAGUUCUUGACGAGCUUCAGUUGGAUCUCCACCAUGUUGCCGGUGGCCAAAUUGGCAAUUACUACAGCUUUUUGUUCAACACAAAGAUAUACGAAGGAUCCUCUGUUUAUGCUGGUGCAAUAGCCAAUAAGGUCAUUGAGGUUAUGGACAGAGAAUAUGCAGCUGUUCCACCCACAAGUAGCUAUUAGGAUUAAACGAGAUCUGAUUCUAUUGGAUAUUAAGAUCUUCUGCUUUCUUGAUUGUCAUAGACUGGUAAUACUUAACAAUUAAAAUUGGUUGGAGGAUGACUAUUUCCAAGUUCCAAACUUAAUGGUUUUCAAGUUAACUUUCUGUAACACCAGA